AUGGCUCCGGCGAAAAUACGUUUGUGUGGAUGCAAAGCUAGCUCUUUGCGUCGACGAGCUUUUUUAAUUCAGGUGAGCUCUUUUGAAGUAUCUCCUGCACUACCUGAGGGCCUGGAGCUUGAUGCAUCUACUGGGAUAAUUUCUGGUGCCUUGUCGAACAAGCUGCUCGACGAGGCCACUUACACCGUCGUUGCCAAGAACGAAGCAGGUGCGGCUCAGGCUGAGUUAUGCUUCGCAGUCAAGGAGACGCCCCCUGUGACGCUCUCGUAUCCAACUGCCCUAGCUGCGCUUGAUGUUGGUCAAGCGGUCAGCUGGGCCCCGACGAUCGAAGGUGGUGACGCAACCAAAUGGUCGGUGUCGCCUGAUCUGCCCGCUGGGCUGGUGCUGGGCGCCGACACGGGCGCCAUUACCGGAGCCCCGACUCAGGCAGCGGAGCCGGCAGCGUACACAAUAUGCGCUUCAAAUUCCGGCGGAGAGGUAACUACUGCUCUUCAGCUGGAGGUGAAAGGUGUUGGACCAAAGCCGCCCAACUAUGGUUUGGAGGAGGGUGGAGCUGUGCUCUUCGUCGGGGAGGCAGUCGACUUGUCGCCGCAGGCGGCCGGAGAUGCAACUUUCAGUGUCAGCCCCGAUCUUCCUGAUGGCCUCAGAUUUGACGAGGCCACUGGCCGGGUCACGGGAACCCCGCUGAGCCCGCUGCCGAACACAGACUUUCAGGUGACUGCCACGACGGGUUCGGGCAGCGCAGACUCGAAGCUCACUUUGACGAUCCGGCCUGAGAAGCCUCAUGCCCUCAGGUAUCCGGAGAUAGAGGGGGCCUACAGCUUGGGCCAGGAGGUGAAGCUGGAAGCAGAGGCACAUUGUUUCAGCCCUGUGCACACAUUCCACCAGCUGGCAGACACGAUCAUUUGGUGUAACCUGUAA